UAACCUUGAAUCCGCAGUCGUUGUUGUUUUCCCCUCCCGUACGCGUUAACAUAUACAAGAUAUUGACCCUGUACGCUUGAUUCACAUACAUAUAACAUUUAAGCACUCACAUACACUCACAAGCGUACACAUACAUACGUACAUACAAACAAAAGUCGCUGCAUCGAAACAUUUUUCAAUUGGUAGGUGAACAAAUGACCACUGCUGCCUCCACAUCGCAAAAUGCGUCAUCGACGUUGAUGGCUGCUGCCGGAGCUGGCGGCGCAAGCUCCACGACGACAGCAACGCUGUCAACAACGCCCAGUAGCUCAGCGGUGCGUGCCCUGGCCAUGGAAUACAAGUCCCUGCAGGAAGAGCCAGUGGAGGGAUUUCGCGUCAAGCUCAUUAAUGAUGAUAAUCUGUUCGAAUGGGAGGUGGCUAUCUUUGGCCCACCAGACACGCUAUAUCAAGGUGGCUAUUUCAAGGCGCACAUGAAAUUCCCACAUGAUUAUCCGUACUCGCCGCCAACCAUACGCUUCCUCACCAAGGUAUGGCAUCCGAAUGUCUACGAGAACGGCGACCUUUGUAUAUCCAUACUGCAUCCGCCUGUCGAUGAUCCCCAAAGUGGUGAGCUGCCCUGCGAACGCUGGAACCCAACUCAGAACGUGCGCACCAUUCUCCUCUCAGUCAUUUCGCUGCUCAAUGAGCCCAAUACAUACUCGCCGGCCAAUGUAGAUGCCUCGGUGAUGUAUCGACGAUGGCGGGACUCCCAGGGCAAAGACAACGAAUAUCCAAACAUCAUACGCAAGCAGGCGUUGGCCGCCAAUGCGGAAGCCAAGCGAGAGGGUAUUGUGGUGCCUAUGACCCUGGAGGACUAUUGCCUUAAGCCCACUGUUAAGCCUAGCACAGAGUCUGGCCUGGAUGCAAAUUUCUAUGAUGAUGAUUUUGAUUUGGAGACGGAAGAUUUGCCAACAGACUCGGAUGAGGAUGAGGACGAUGAGGAUGAGGAGAAUGAAGAUGAUGAGGAGGACGACGGGAAUGCGGAUAGUGCAAUUAGCAAAAAUAAUGGCAAUACAAAGUGCACGAACAACAAUGGUCUCUCCGCGAAAUCAGCUGCGGCAUCUGCAACAGAUGAUGCCGAAUCCGCUGAUGACAGCGGUAAGGGCGAGACAACAUAAUGCAGAUGCACCCGCUCCGCUCCACACCAUCUCCAUCUCCAACUCAACUCUGCUCCUGCCCUAGGCGUCUACGUAGCAUUUAAAUGAAAUACUAAGUGUGCAAAAGAAUCGAGUUAAACAACAGCUAGGAGGCGCCCCGGAUGCCAAUCGAGCUUGGCGUCGUAUAAUUUCUCUUAACAAUAUUAUUUUUUACUUUUAAUUUGUGUACAAUUGUAAAACUGAAACGUGAAUCACUUCUUA